AUACAGCAAUACUGAUCACAUCUGAGAACAGGAGAUAUAUCGGAAUAUGAAAGGUGUAAAUGCAGAAGAGCACUUUUAGAUGACUGACUAAGGAAGCUUCAUGUAGUCUAAAUACUGAAAACUUCUCGCAGAUGUUAAUGAAAUUCAGCUUUAUCUCCAACUCCUGUCAGAAUUAAACUAUUUAAAAAGGAAAUUUUGAGGUUAGACUACAUGUGUCAGUACAAACUUGGCUGUUGGCAGAAACCAAUUUUUCUUUCUUGUUAUUUAACCCAGAGAAGCCUGUUGAUAUCUUUUCUAUUCCAUAUCAAAACUGAAAAUUCAAGAAGAUGUGUCACCAUGAAAACCUCCUCACAGAUACCUCCUGCAAGUUCCCCUACGUGAGACCACUCUACCCAGGGUCCUGAGUAUUCAGCAAUCAUAGAAUUUGCUGUAGAAUUCACCCCUUACUGCAGAAUGGUUUCCAGAAUCUCAGAUUUCAUUUUUUAAAGAAUUACAUUUCUAGUCCUUAUGACUGCGAAGAAAACAUCAAAAGUGUGAAUGGAUGCCUGUCUGAGCCAGCAGCAAUAGCUCUGAGAGGAGUGAAUUGUCCUAGUUAUUUCAGUCAGGGACCUUUGGACUCAGAGAUUGUGCAGAAAUGGAAUAUAGCAUUUGUCAUGCUGUGUGCCGUGGUUCACAAUGGAUCUCAGCACAGCUUCUCCUACCGAAACUGACAAGUGCUAAUGAUGGCUGACAGCCUGAAGGCUGCCGUGCUUGCCUUAUGGACCCUUUUCUUUUCAUGUGCAACAUAUCACAUUAUGGCAACAGGGAGCAUACAGAUGUUUGACUGCUUCACUGACUAUGCCAGGGAGCUGACUUGUCAUUGGGGAGUGGCUCCACAAACAAACUGCUCCAAGGAAUUCCGACUCUAUUACAAGAAGGAAUAUUUCUCAACAGUAUACAAUGCAUGCAUCCCUGAGAAUAGAAAAGGCAGCAGCAUGAAUUCCAUUUCCAACUGCAUUUGCAUAAUUCUGUCCGAAUAUUUCACGACAGGCCUCACAUAUCAUUUAGCACUACAGGCCAAUGGGACAGUGCUGUGGAAUGACACUGUAAUACCAGCACACAUUGUUAAACCAAGGCCCCCAAAAAAUCUUACCAUUGAGAAGAGUGAAAAUGAUAACUUCUACGUCUUGAAGUGGAUCGAGAGCUACAGCACAGGGGACAUGCUCUAUGGAGAGGAAGUAAACUAUGAAGUCAAAUACUGGAACAAGCAGAAUCCGGAAGAGAAGUUUGUAAAACAGCUUCCCUACCAAACGACACACUUAGAAAUUGUUGCAACGCAGUUGAAGCGAGGAUAUGACUACCUUGUAAGCGUACGGCGUAAUUAUACAGGCAUCUAUUCCACCAAAUGGAGUGACUGGAGCAAUGCAGUUGAAUUUCACAAUGAUUAUGGAGUAACUUUAGAAGAUAGUCUGCAGAAGAUUGUUCUCAUAUCCUGCAUGUUGAUCCCAGCUCUGAUUUUAAUCUGUUACUUCAGCUUUGCCAUAGUUAAGAGAGAAUGGUGGGAUCAAAUCCCAAAUCCAGCCAAGAGCCAUCUGGUUGUAAAGAAUGUCAAGGCAGCUCAGAUUUCAGUCUGGAGGAAAAUGCUGUCCACUGAUGAAAUUAAGGCACCUUUCCGUGAUGUGAAACAGACUCACGUUGAACACCAACUAAGCUGUAAGAACUGUCUUGCAAAAUAUGCUCAAGGCCAAACCUUGAAGGGGAAAGAUAACAUCAAAAGUGGUGAGAAACCCGACAGUUGCCUGAAUAAAUGUGGAGAGUGGUUCCCAGAAGAGUAUGAGGCUGUUCUAAUUCCAGAGAUCACUUUGGUUGAAGAUUCUCUUGAAGUCUGUGAGUAUUCAACAAACACUGAAACUGAGAGCCAUGAGGACAACCUGGGUCAUAUCGUCUUGUGCUCACCUGGUGAGAGCAGUGCUAAUAGCUUUAUCGAACACACUCAACACAAUGAUGCACUUGCAGACAUGUUUAUUAAGCUACUAGAAUGUGGAACCGGUAUUCUUGACACAGAAGUUCCAGACUUCAUCAUAGAAGAGCAUAAAAUCUUUGAGAACGGUGAAUCAGAAAAUUCAUCACAGCAAACACCAAAAGAAAAUGUAGUCCAGGAUCAACAGUCAUGUGAUACUUCACACACUUGCUCCUUUCCCACUACAGCCUCUCAGGAUGACUACAACUGUAGGGCAGCUAGCACCAAGUCAAUGCGAUCAGAAGAAUCGUUUGAAUCUGGUUAUCAAAGUUCUAACACAGACACUGCUUCUCCCCAGGCAAAGAAUCCUCCAGACGUGUUGCAUCAAAGCCACUUUCUUUGCAGUUCUGAAACUCAGCAUGACUCGUUGGACUUGAUUAAAAAAUCACCAAAUGCUCCUUCCUCUGAGAUAAUCAAAGAUGGAAUAAAUAGUCCAGCGUAUCAGAGCUUCGACAGCCUAAUGUCUCAGUCCACAGAGUCUUCUACCACAGCAUAUAAGAGCUUUGACAGCCUCAUGUCUCAGUCCACAGAGUCUUGUAGCACAGCAUAUAAGAGUUUCAGCAGCCUCCUGUCUCAGUCCACGGUUAGCAAUAGCCUGACACAGUGUUUGGAAAACCCAGGUUCUUCACUGUCCUUAGAGUUUCCAGAGAAUCAAAUACUUCCCUGCAGACAAGAACAAGCCCAUCGACCCCAUGGUGAUCAAAGUUGUUAUACUGACCACAAGGGUGACUGCACUGAGACUGCUUUUCAAAUCACCUGUUCAGAAGACAUAGACUUUCCAUGGUUUUCCUCCCAUGCUCAUGACAGACUUUCAUUUUUCCUGCCAGAGAAAGAAAUACACAAGCAAAUAACAUGUCAAAAUCUUCCAGAAAAAGCAGCUGCAAUUUCCAGCCCCUCUGUUUCUAAUCCAUCUAGUUACCAGCCUUUUGAUAUUGCUCUUAAACACAAUAAUACACACUGUGACAAUAACAGUGAGGCUAUUUCUGAGUCGCCUUAUAAACCCUUUAUCAACCUUUUAAACAACAACCUUAGAGAAACACUUCCAGCUAUCAUCUGUGAAUCUGACCUGCAGAUAGACUUGUAAGACUUUCUAUAGCAUUGACUCAGAUGUUAUCACAGGCUUUGCCUUUGGUCUGAGUUCAGGAUAAGGAUCUCACACAAAACAGCAGGGACAGUCCUUGGAUUAUCGGCUUUAAUGAACCUUGUAGUGAUGGUGAAGAUGAAGAUACUGUGGGCAAGAAAAAGUUGCUGUGGUCUUUAGAUUCUAGCUCUCAGGGGAAGACUGGGAGGACCAUACAGGAGACAAAAAAUUGUACUUCUGACUACUACUGACUGUGCAGAUGAAAGGAUACAAGAGAAUAUAAAUAACAUGCCAUGUCCUUUUCUAAUAUGUUAUACACAUGACCAUUUGAGGACGUCUGUAAAUGCGGAAGAAAGGGAAGCGCAGUUACAGAAUAUUGUGAGCACAGGAAGGGACCGUGCAGUUAAUUUAUCAGAUGAGUCACUGAACCACAACACUAUUGUAUCUAAACCAUCCUUAGAAAGAAAUCAAACUUCAAAGCCCCCGAACUCAGCCAAGUUGCCACUGGGUGGCCCCUUUGUGGAUAGCUCCUGUUUAGGAACCUGUCCUUUAGAUUAUUGCUCCGUUCCGGGUGAGGGAUCAAAAAUGUCACUUUUCAUAAAAACAGGCCAAAUGGACCUAAUGAGUGAGAGCAUCAGGAUGAACCAGAAAACAGUGAAACUUACCUUUAUGAACAGGGUCUUGUGUAACUGCUAUAUGAACAUGACUUAGAUUAAUUUCAUGCGGUUGUAAUCAAGAUAGCCUUUGGGAAUAAACUGUGUGGAAAAUGGAAA